AAUUAAUGUUUAGCAAAUUGUGUAAAUUACACCCUCUUGUUCAAUGUUAAGUUUCUUGGACAAGGUCUAUUGCUCGAGAAUCCGGAAUUCUCCCUCUGUCCAAAAGUCCCUUAACGUCAUCGAUCCAAAAACGGAAUCGAGGGUUAGGUUUUUACGGUGCAUCUGCCAAACUGGUUGGCCACUCCGAGUUGGGAGAUCGACGGAACACCAUGGCGCGCGGGCUCCUUUCUUUCGCCAUCUUGUCAUUGGGUCUUCACGUAUGUCUCUUCGGCGUCGUCUCGUCGAAUCACCUUCGAAGCCUUACACUGUCUUGGAAAGCAACAGAUGAAUCUUCUAAGGUGGACAUCAACUGGCGUUUUUCGUUCAGCCGAUCUUGGGGCUCACAGGUCUGCGACGAGUCGGACAUUAGUAAUGGCACCCUCAUUGACGUCGGCGAGCACCUGGAAUGCCAGCAGUGCAGCAACAACGAGAUAGCCCGGAUCAAGUACCAGUGUACCGACUACAGCCAGGCUGAGGAUUGGCAGACGGGUGAAGGGAGCAGUCGAUUAACCAUCGAACCAGGGAUAACCGCCUUCGAUUUACUGUAUUCCGGAUGCUGUUGGAUGACUCUUGGCAAUGCUGGUGCUGGGUACAGCGCCCAGGCUCACGUUGAUUUGACCCAAAACAGAGGUGUCAUCAACUCAUCACCAAUGACAUCAUGGAUGCCGGAAACUCGUAUACAGCUAGGAUGCGAAACAACGCUGACUAUUCCGAUGAGCGAUCCAGAUGGAGACGUGGUCAAAUGUCGCUGGGCAUCGGGUACCAAUGAGUCGGGCUCCGUCAGUCCCAUGCCCAACUCUACACUGGAUGAGAGCACUUGCAGUCUGUCCAUCGGUGACAGGCUGAUGUCUGGAUGGUACGCCGUCGCUCUCAUGAUUGAAGAUUUCGCCUCCCCGAUGUCCACCACAGCAAAGAGCAAGAUUCCACUGCAGUUCGUGGUCAACGUCUACUACAGCUACGACGCCUGCGAUGAGAGGCCAACAUUGAUCCACCCCACCCCAGGCCAGGGCAGUUGCCGUGGCGCCUCACCGGGGGAGAUCUUCAGCUUGCAAAUACGAGCCAAGGCAUCCAUCAGUCCGAUACUUGAGAUAGAAACAUCCUCUCCCAUCGGCAUGACAACAUCAGAUGUUUCACUGGUGCCCGGCAAGAGCAAUGAGUAUUACAUCACGGCCAUGUGGACACCAGACGAAAGUCAAACAGGAGCACACAUCUUCUGCUUCGAUGCCCUUGAUUCCGAAGGCCAUACAAGUGAAGUGCGGUGUAUUAAUCUCGUUGUAGGAGAACCACCCAAAGUGAUUGAAACGUCACCUGUUGAGGGUUCUACCAUUCCAACUUCUCUUGGUGUAUUGACUUUCAAGUUUGACCAGCCUAUUAAUCUGAUAUCUAUCAGCACCAGCGUUUUCGUUCAAAGCCUGUACGGCAUGAACAUGUACACGGGCAGCGUAACGCAGACCUCCCCAGAUACCAUACAGAUCCAGCUCAGCGGCACGCUGUACGUGGACGUUGCGUACUCCAUUACGUUGAUGGAAGGCACGGUGCAGAGUCGGGGAGCCUGUCCCUUCAUGUCAGCGAGGCACAUCGUCAAUGUGUACACGACUUGGCAGACACCAGCAUGGACUACGGACAGUUUUUACACAGCAGCAACUACUGUCACAGAAGAUGGAACGACCCCCUUUCUAGAUUAUUGGAAUACCACCCCAUUUGAAGGUACAGGAGCUCAUUAA